CUCGAAACAGGGCCGAUGCUUCAGGAACAAAGUUCAUCAUACCGAUGUAGCAUAAGGGGGUUGCUGUUCGCUAAUGAAACUUCGCAUAGCCAUAAAUAAGAUGAUCAGAAACAAAGACGAAAUAACAAUGACAGGCUUACAGAAAAACCGUGGUCAACAAGUUACUCGGAACAAACGUCAACACGAUAUUGUGUACAAAGUAAAAAAAUAAAUUUGUCAAUCAAUACACCCAUGGAUACAAAUUUUAUAGAUAUAGAAAAUAGGAAAAAUUGUUACUUUAUAGUAGUACCGCGUGGUCACGAUAAUCACGUCAUGAAUGAUGUGCAAUAACCCCCUGAUACGUAAGCAAAACACUCCUCACAUAUAAUUUCCGAGAUGAAAUAAGCUUGCAACCACGCACUUAAGGCCGAAGGCAAACUUCAGCAAACUCGCAUCAUUCUUCUACGUAACUUUACGCAAAAUUUUCUAGGGGCAUAUAGAAGUAGAUUAAAUAUACUUACUCAAAGCAUGACCAACAAUCUACAGGUAGCUAAACAAAAAAAGCGCUAGAAGCUAACUUGUCUUCGUAAAAUUUAUCUUGGUAAAAGCGCCGAAUGAAACCAGCGUAAGUCACGAUUAGCUUGCACGCAAUAUAUGCAUAAAAUAGCUAAAAUUGAAUAAUAAUUAUCACAUUAUAAAUUUCGAUAAGAAACGACGGCUCGUCUGCUGCACUGUCGCGCCGACUUUUAGUUGCAGCAGAUAAAAUCAUUGAGGGGGACAGUCAUCAGUUGUGUUUACAACGACCGACCAGCCGCUAACCCAAAGGGAAAUAACCAUAACAGAUGCGUUGGCUACGGCAAAAGCAGGACUUGUAGAGGAAUGAUAAUGUUCAGAAGAGCUUUCCUCGCCCACCGAGGGGGCUUAGGAAGGUGCACCUUCUCCCACCAGGACUAUUCUUUUCAUAUUUUCUCGUCAUUUGCGAUCGUCAAAAACCAACAUAACAACAGUUACGCAGCGAACAAUCGAUCAAAUUAUUCGCACAGCGCUUCGAAGGUGACGAAGAAUUUGAAAACGGGGUUUUCCAAUGUUUCGACAUCGAAGAAGGCCUCAGAUGAGUGUUCUGUUCCAGCAUUAGGCACUGAUCAGCCGACGCCUCUACUUCGAAGGGGAUGUGCGGUAACGCCUUUAGGUCAGCCGACGGCAGAUACUCAUCCCCAUCUUGUAAAGGCCGGCCAAUGUAUUUCGGGAUUCACCGCCGACGAAUUGGCCGGCAGAAGGGAGCGAUUAUUCGAUUUACUGUGCUACACGAUGCCGUCUCUAGAUCGGCACAUCGUUGUAAUUCCGUCUGCCUCAAAAAUCUACAUGACAGAAAAUAUUCCGUACACGUUUCGACAGAACAGUAAUUUCUACUAUUUGUGCGGAUUUAUGGAACCUGAUAGCGUUCUCGUAAUACAUGGCCGGCGGGGUGAAAGGCCAAAGAGUGUGCUGUUUGUCCCAAAGCACGACCCGCUUAACGAACUAUGGGAUGGACCACGCACGGGGCCUUCGGGAGCUAAACGAUUGCUUGAGGUGGACGAGGCGUACACGACGGAAGAGGUGGAGCACUUUAUCUCACGCUAUCCGAAGGCCAUGCAGUGGUCACAGCGAACAAACUUCAGAGCAGUCGAUCAUCUGCUAACGAAGUCCGAAUCCAUAGAACCGGUUAUUCACAGACUUCGUCUUAUCAAAAGCUCGGCUGAGGUGGAAGUGAUGCAGAAAGCGGCCGAUGUGACGUGCGAGAGUUUCAUUGAAACAAUACGUGCAUCGUAUCCGUUCGUUUUAGAAACCCAGCUAGGAGCUAAAUUUGAUUUCGAGAGCAGAAUUCGGGGUUCUCAGAGGCCCGCAUACCCCCCAGUUAUCGCAGGGGGGGAUCGUGCUAACAUAAUCCACUACAUAGCCAGUAACCAGAUUGUAAGGGCUGACGAAAUGGUUCUCAUGGAUGCGGGAGCCGAAGUGCAUCUCUACGCCAGCGACGUAACUAGAACCUGGCCCGUGACAGGAAGAUUCACGCGACCUCAACGAGAGGUGUACCAGCUACUUCAAGAGGUUCACGAAAAACUCAUCUCAAAUUUGUAUCAGUGGGAGGUCUACACGCUUGAUGACCUCUUUGAACAGAUGUGCACGCAAAUUGCAAGGGGUCUUCAAGAUAUGGGUAUAGUGGAACCUCGCGCAAGCUCGGAAGUCGAGCUCGCGCGCAUUGGAUAUCAAUUCUGCCCUCAUCACGUGUCCCACUAUCUGGGCAUGGACGUUCAUGAUACCCCUUCAAUCUCCCGGAAGACGAAACUUUGUCCAGGAAUGGUGGUAACGAUUGAGCCUGGCAUCUACAUACCGCAGAAUCGCUCGGACGUGCCCUUUCGAUACCGCGGUAUCGGGAUUCGAAUUGAGGAUGACGUUCUUAUUACAAAAGAUGGUCCGAGAAUUCUGAGCUAUAAAUGUCCACGAACACUGGACCAGAUCGAAGCCCUUUUCAGCUAUACUGAGAGCUGAAAAAGUUAAACCGAUAUGAAAAUACCUGAACCGCAGUUUGCUUAAUGACUGCAGAGUGAUGAGAUGCCUAGAUAAAACUGUAUCGCAAUAUUCCGAGAAGUGCUAUUCUAUACGAGUUGAACGGGUUAUGGACUGGAGGAUUGUUUUAAAUUAAGCUCGAGCUCGAAAAGUGUUCUCUACAUAUCUGAAUAUGUUUGCUCUUUCUUUAAAGGCUUCGGUGUGGCCAUUGGGUGGAUUCACCCGCUAGCGUCGAAUUAUGCAGAGACAAAUCGCUUACGAAAAUAGUUUCUUUAAAUGAGCACACGCCUAAAUGCCUGAAUGCUAUGUUAAAAAAAAACAAAGAAAUUGAAGGCUACAAAAGCGUAUCUACUCGUUCACAUUACACGUUAAUUAAAGCUCUACCGCCCUUUGCGGCAGGAGAUCAGUUGCAGAGUGCCGUAUAUAGUUUAGGUGUAAGGACAGCGGCAAUUUUUGGCAUCUAAUAACCCUGUUAUAAGGUUUCUAAGAAAUGCGUCAUGUAGUUAUAUUUGAGCGAAUUCUCUGCUGGAUACUCAGCCAAUUAGCUAAAUAAAUAUAAAUAGCUAAAUUUACACACAUGUAAAUAUAUUGAGCGAGGUAAAGCUGCGUGCAUGCAUGAGUGUGCAUCCCAUAAGAAGUUAAUAUUCUGGAAUGACCUUACAUCAGCAGGUGUUAAUUGCAGCGUAGUGUGCGCUCUAGGUGAUAUACCAAACUUGAUAUAAAAAGGCAAUAAAUUGUGUA